CAAAAUGAAAACCGCUCUUUUUGGCGUUUUAAAUUUUUUUAGUGUGUUCAGAAAUAAAUAUAUAAAUCUUUCUCUUUAUUCAUUCGCUUUCCCCAAAUUUCACCGAAAUCAAAGUUUUUUCCGCUGGAGAAGAAUGUCUACUCCCAAUCCUAAUCCCAAUCUUAAUCCCAAUCCCACCGUCUCUGCCGCGGUAUCGCGUUUCGUCACCGCAUCGGAAACUCCGGUGACACAAUCUAACAACACAGUCAAAACGCCUUCUUCUCAACCGCCGCCAGCUCCGUCGUACAGAGCUAUAGCUCCGCUUCGCCGUCAUCCUCAACAGAAUAACAUUUACCCGCAUCCUUUCCCGGUUAGACUGCCGAGUUCCGUACCUGGUUCGCCUCACCAAGACCCUUCAGGUCUUCUAUACCCGUUUGCUUCUUCGGGUCGAGGGUUACCGACCCGACCCGGAAGACAGAAUCCGAGUCCCUUGGUUGAUCCAGCAGGUAGUCCGGGUGGUUACCCUCCUCGCCCGGCUUAUACAUUUCCCCGUGGACAACCUGUGUCGAAUUUGGAUCCAAUGGUUCAGUUCAUGAGAGCUGCACACCCUCAGAUUCAACAGUCUUCUCAUCUCGGGUCGGGUUACAUGAAGGGGGUUCCUCACUUCCUGCAACCUCGGGUUGCUCAUCCUCCUACUUCGAUUCUAGACAACAGUGGGCGUAAAAAUGCGAGAAACCGAGAGGACGUGUUGGUCCUUGUUAGAAAAAGAAAGGUUAGGAUAAGAGAGGGGGCUUCUCUGUAUUCACUUUGUCGAUCGUGGCUGAGAAAUGGUGCUCAUGAGGGAGUUCAGCAGCAGCGAAGUGAUACAGUGACGUAUUUGCCAAAGCCUUUACCUGUGGAUAUGAUGGAGACAAGUUUGCCGAAAGAUCAGGUUGAAGAACCAAAUGGUGAAGAAGACAAAGAGGACGAGGAAUCUGUGAAACUGUUGUCAGAUUCUGAUAUUUUGAAAAGACAUGUGGACCGAGCUAAGAAGGUUCGCGCUCGAUUAAGAGAAGAAAGGUUGAAGAGGAUCGCGAGGUACAAGGCAAGAUUGGCUCUUCUUCUGCCACCAUUUGGAGAGCAAUGCAAGAACGAGUAAGGAUAUAAAGUUGGGGGGUUUUAUGUGAAUAUUCUUGCAGUUGAUCUAGAAAUAACAUAAGGUACCUUAGAUAAGUGUGUUACAGUGUUGUGUGUGUGUUUUUGUUGGUUCUUGUCUCUUAUUAGACUCGUUUAAAAUUAAAAAUCUCGUUGUUCUUGGUCUUAAAACAGUAAUCAUCAACCUUAUCUGUAUUUGCUGACUUUUUUCUUUUUUUUUUAAAUAUGGACCCCGUGAUGUUGGUCCAGGCGAUUUGAUGAAUCAACAAACGAUUCGAAAAA